CUAGCUACAGAGGCUCACGAUGGGCACCGUAAUCAUCACCGGCGCCAAUGGUUCGCUAGCAAUCCCAACCGCAGCCCAUCUGUCUUCACACUAUACAGACCAUACAUUACUUCUCACAGUCAGGAACGACUCCAACCAGGAUCCCAACACCGCCCGCCUACGAACGACCCUAAACCGAAUCCCCAACGCAAAAUACACAAUCCGUAAACUCAAUCUCGCAUCCCUAGCAAACGUCAGAGACUUCGCCGUCACCAUCAAGACCGAAAUCUCCCAAAGCACAUUGCCUCCCUUGGUAUCCAUCAUCUGCAACGCCUAUAGCUGGAGCAUCUCCGACGGCCUGCAAUUCUCAGAAGACGGUUACGAGAAGACGCUUGCGGUAGGACAUCUCGCGCAUUUCGACCUCCUGCUGCGACUCGUGGGGAGUUUCGACCUCGGGUCCGCGGGACGAAUCGUCUUCAUCUCGAGCGAUGCCCACUGGCCGGGAAAAGCUUCUCUGGAGGUCUUCCCCCCAACUCUUCCCCAGGAUCUCGAGCUCCUGGCUAGACCGGCGCCAGAUAAGGAGGACGAAAUCAUCGGGCGCGGAUUUCAGCGGUAUGCGCUGUCUAAGUUGGCGAGUCUGCUUUGCAUGUAUGAGAUGAACAGAAGGCUUGAAGCGACCCCAUCCCUCAAGCAUCUCUCCGCCCUGGCCAUCGAUCCAGGCUAUCUCACGGACUCCAGAACCCUGGACAAGGGCGUGCCAUCAACGUGGAGGACCUUCAUGCGCGCCUUCAACUUCCUGAAUCCGGUGGUUAAGAAGCUGCAACCGAAAAUGCGACGGAGUCACGAGGGUGCUGUUGAUGUGGCGAAUGUGGCUGUGGGCGAGGCGUAUGCGGGUGAGAAGGGGCACUUUGAGAUGGGUAGGAGGACGGAAAGUUCCCCGGAAAGUAACGAUGAGGUGAAGCAACGGGCGGUUUGGGAUAAGAGUGUUGAGUGGUGUGGGGUUGGGCAGGAGGAUACGGUGUUGCAGAUUUAG